GGUUGCAAGCAACUCUUACACUCGACUUUCAUGAAUAUUUUUUAUUUGUCUGAGGUGUAAUUCUUCAUUUAGACGCUCAUACUCAUGUCUAACCACGAUGAUGGGAUCGAGCGAUACGACGUGACACCGAUUUUGGAGUCUCGGUACUUUAUUCUCCCCACUUCCGCAGCACUAGUGGGGGUAUUCAUUGGAGCGGUGCGUGGAUCUCGCCUUGCGUCACUUCGUUUUCUCGCGGAGAACGCACACCGGCCACCGAAGACGAUUCGGGGAUGGUAUCUCUACAAUAAAACGAAAAAUUACAAAAGAAUGGCUGCUGGACUUUUAUCUGGUGGCAAGGAAGGAGUUAAACUCGGGGUUACAGCACUGGUUUGGGUUGGGAUUGAGGAUGGAUUAGGACGGUGUGGGAAGGAUUUCGAUGAUUGGAAAGAGGUUGGAGCUGGUGUUGGUACUGCGGGGGCGUUCUCUGUUGUUUACCGACUACGAUGGCGUACUGCAGGUCGUGCAUUAUUGCUUGGAUCGAUGAUUGGUGGAGGAAUGGGAUUUCUACGAUGGGUUAGAGAAUACUUGAAGAGAGCCGUGGAGUCAGAUUUAUCCUAAAAUUUUUAAAGUGAGCUCGGCUGGUAGUCUUCUUAAAACAGUAGGGAGCCUCGAACCAGCUCCACCACAUAUCAUAAAAUGAGGUCCGCUCCACUUU